CGACUGGCAUAGUCAAGCAAAAGAGAACAUCCUUUGUUAGCUGUAGCUGGGGAGGAACCGGAACAGUGGUAGUCCCCCGAACAGCCCUGAGGUUACAGCCCAAGGGAUCAGAGACUAAGGAGGCGUAGUUGAAAACCGAAGAGCUCACCGAACGAGCAAUGGAGCCUAAAGUGCGGACGACUCGGCGACAAAGGCAAGUUCUUCUUCUCCUUGUUUUUCUGUGGGCGUCAGAGGCAGGUUCAGAUCCUCGGCGGUAUUCGGUAGUUGAGGAGAUGGAGAGCGGUUCCUUUGUAGCCAAUGUGGCAAAUGACUGGGGGCUGGAGGCGAGGGAGCUUUCAGCCAGGGUGGGGCGAAUAGUUCUGGACAACAAUAAAGAGUAUUUCCAGCUCAACCGGGAGACUGGGGAUCUGCUACUAAAAGAGAAACUGGAUCGAGAGGAGGUAUGCGGCUCCGCCGAGCCCUGCGUGGUAUCUUUUCAGAUCUUACUGGAAAAUCCCUUGCAGUUUCUCCAGUUUGAGCUGCAAGUGCAAGAUAUAAAUGAUCAUUCACCUAUGUUUCUGGACACUGAAAUGCUCCUGAAAAUAUCAGAAAGCACAACGCCCGGGACUUCAUUUCUCCUAGAAACUGCACAGGAUUUAGAUGUAGGGAGAAACGGCCUCCAAAACUAUACGAUUAACCCCAACUCCCAUUUCCACAUUAAAAUCCGAGAGAGCAGGGAGGGCACGAAAUAUCCAGAGCUUGUUCUGGAUAGAGCACUGGAUCGGGAGGAGAAGCCUGAGGUCAUUUUAAUCCUCACGGCAUUGGAUGGGGGAUCUCCACCCAGGUCUGGCACUGCCCUGGUUCGGGUCCUAGUUAUGGACAUCAAUGACAAUGCCCCUGUAUUUUCUCAACCUCUAUAUGAGGUUCAGAUCCCUGAGAACAGCCCCAUUGGCUCCCUGGUUGUCACAGUCUCUGCUAGAGAUUUAGACACAGGAAAUAAUGGAGAAAUAACAUAUACACUCUUCCACUCAUCAGAAAGUAUACGCAAAACUUUUCAAAUCAAUCCCACCACUGGGGACCUUCGUCUAGGGGCGCAACUGGAUUAUGAGACAAUUCAGGAUUACACAGUGAGAAUUCAAGCCACAGAUGGAGGGGGCCUUUCAGAGGAAUGUACUGUAUUUGUCCAGGUGACCGAUCUGAACGACAAUCCCCCAGAACUGACCAUGUCGACAUUAACCAAUCCCAUUCCUGAGAAUUCACCUGACUCUGUCGUUGCCAUUUUCAAGAUCCGAGAUCCAGACUCUGGAGAUAAUGGAAAGAUGCUUUGUUUCAUCCAGGAUGAUCUCCCUUUCAUCUUGAAACCUGUCAAGAACUUCUACACCCUCUUAACAGAGGGAGCUCUGGACAGAGAGAACAGGUCCGAAUACAACAUCACCAUUACUGUCACAGAUUUAGGUUCCCCCAGGCUCAAAACUGAGUACAACAUCACUGUAAUGAUCUCUGACAUCAAUGACAAUCCUCCAGUAUUUAGUCAGAUGGUCUACACACUUUACCUUAGGGAAAACAACAGCCCCGCCCUUCACAUUGGCAGGGUCAGUGCCAGUGACAGGGACUCAGGGACCAAUGCCAAAGUCACCUAUUCACUGCAACCUCCUGAGCCUGGAGACCUGCCUCUCUUCUCCUACGUUUCCAUCAACUCAGACAAUGGUCAUCUCUAUGCCUUGAGAUCUUUGGAUUAUGAAGUCACCCAAACUUUCCAGUUCACUGUGAGGGCGACUGAUGGAGGCUCCCCAGCCCUGAGCAGCCAGGCUCUGGUUCAGAUUGUGGUUCAGGAUGAGAAUGACAACUCUCCCUUCGUGUUGUACCCCUUUCAGAAUGGCACAGCCCCCUGCAAUGACCUGGUCCCAAGGGCAGCAGAACCAGGUUACCUGGUCACCAAGGUAGUUGCUGUGGAUCAGGACUCUGGACAGAAUUCCUGGCUUUCCUACCAACUGCUAAAAGCCACGGACCCAGGGCUCUUCACUGUGUGGGCUCAUAAUGGGGAAGUGCACAUAGCAAGGCCCAUCAGUGACAGAGAUGCCAUCAAGCAGAGGCUCCUGGUGCUAGUGAAGGACAAUGGACAGCCACCUCUGUCCACAGCAGCUACACUGAAUGUGUUUCUGGUGGAUGGCUUCUCUGAGCCAUAUAUGAAGCUUCCAGAUGAGCCCAAAGAUGAGCCACAGACUGAUUCCCUCACAAUCUAUUUGGUCAUUUCUCUAGCUUCAGUCUCAUUUCUCUUCUUAGUCUCUGUCAUACUCUUCAUCACUGUACACCUGUGGAGGAGAAAAAGGGGAGCUGUUGAGCGUGGAAACUUUGCCACUGGAGGCUCCUUUCCAGGACACUUGGUGAAUGUCAGUGGCACUGGGACCCUGUCCCAGAGCUACCAGUAUGAGGUGUGUCUGACCAGUGGCUCAGGGGGAGAUGAGUUCAAGUUCUUGAAGCCUAUUACCCCCAAUUUCUCUGCUCCAAUUACUCAGAUGGAUCCUGAGGAAACCACACCCUUUCCUAAUAGCAUUGGGUUCAAUUAGAAAUUGAAAAAGAAUGUUUUCAAGGAUUGAUAUAUUCAUUGAUUUUUUCAAUAUUCUUCAUGUCUUACAAAAUUAAAUUUAUGAGUUUUCCCUUCCUGCACAUUCUAUUCAGUAGAAUAUUGAUUUGAUUAAUUAACUGAGUCUUUAACCAUUUUAUAUAUGCCCCUCCCUCACCUACCCUCCCUUGUUUUUGAAAUGCAGUUUUACACUUUAUGUUGGAGCUCAAAAGGACACUCAUCAAUUGAUACUUGACAUCUGCAUUCUUCUAGUUUAUCUUCACUUCCAAUUCAAGACAUCACCCUUCUGGUGUCAUUGAUCCUCUUCAAAAAUGAAGGACAAACAAUAGAGUCUCCCUUAGCUAUGAAGAACUGAGCCCCUUUAGUUUCUCUGUUCUGCUCUUGUAUCAUCUACUGUAUUCUAUGUCUUCCACAAUAGCAUGCUUUCUAGCCUUUCUAAUGUUCAACAUAAUAAAAAUGGUGUCACUAAAGGCAAUAAGCUUGUUCUGAUAGCGAAAUAUGUCCUCUUGAUUCUCUUGUGUAGAUGGUAUUGUUGGGAAUGUUUGGGUUCUUAUCAUUGUGAUUCAACAUGUAUCUAUGCUUCCCCCCCUUUCAGAUGUAUUGUAAUCACAUAGAUAAGGUUUUCUUAUAAUAAUUUUUUUAGAUUUCUCACUAGAAAGUUGUCAACAGAGUGAAACAUUUUUUUCAGCAACAAUGGCUGAAGAUCAUUCUGAGAUGCUGUGGCUGAAAGAUUUUAACAUAUCCUUUAGCUUGAAGAUGGAUUAUCUAGACAGAGGGUCAAUGGUCCAGGUGGAAAAAUGCAGAAGUGGGAUUUGAAUCUAGGUUUUCUGACUCCAAAUCCAUUAGCUCUUUCCACUAUUCUAUGAUGAUUCCCAUCAAAGAAGUCACAAAUCCUUGGAAUAUUGACAGAAACAUUAUUGAAAGGACAAUAACUUUCUUAAAUGCUUCUUUAUGUCAUUUGCAACUAUAAUCAUGUGGGUUGGAAAAUAUACAUGAUGAAAAGAAUUUUAUGUUAUGGAAGAAAUAUUUGAAAGCCCAUUAAAAAGA